AUGCUGGCGUCCGGGUUCAGCAAUGCGCCACUCUCCAAGUAUCUGGUCAUGGCGGUAGUCGCGGCCUCGCUUCUGGCCAGCAUCACCGACAGCAAGCACCUAUUCUGGAUCAUGGUCAAGCCGCACAUCUCCGACUAUAGACAGCUAUGGCGAUGCAUGACAUGGCCACUGCUAUACACCAAUUCGACCGAAGUCUUGUUCUCGGCCAUGACGCUGUAUCAACUUCGCAUCAUUGAGCGUCUUUGGGGGUCGAGGAAAUUCGCUUCGUUCUUGAUCUCGACACUACCAUAUACUGUGCUACUUCCUCCGCUCCUCCUCGUAGUCGUCAUCCGACCACUCUCCUUCUUCAACAUCAACUACCUUCCCGCCGGCCCGACUGCCAUCAUCUUCGCUCUCCUCGCUCAAUACCACGCUGCCAUCCCUUACAUGUACAAGUACCAACUCUCUGCCUCUGACAAUUCCUCGCCAUCAACUACAUCCUCGGCCAUCAACCUCACCUCGAAAUCUACAUCCUACCUUCUCCCUCUCCAACUCGCCCUCUCCCAACUUCCCGGAUCUGCAAUCGUUGCUGCAGUAGGAUGGCUAGUGGGAUAUGCAUACAGAAGAGAAAUACUUCCUGGAGCUGCGACAUGGAGGAUACCAGACUGGAGCGCUGGAAAGAGGGACAGAGAAAGAUUUGAAGGCUUGAGGAGACGCAUGGAAGGAGAGGCCGCUACGGCUAGUGGCUCCACAAGAGGGGAAGAGAAUGAGGGUGGCAGAAGAAGAACUAUCGGUGGUCAACUCUUGGAUCAAUUCAGAGGGUCUUGA